GACCCUUGCCCGUCUGGCACCAUGUCCUACCCUCAAGCUCCUCCGCACGCGUACGGCGGCCAGGGCUACUAUGGCCCGCCGCAGGGCAUGCCGCCGAUGGGUUACCAGCAGGGCUACGGUGGACCGCCGAUGGGAUACGCGCCUCAACAGCAAAUGAUGAUGGUGCCGCAGCAGCAGAAGAAGGACGACGGCGGGUGCUGCAGCUGCUGCGGUAGCUGCUGCAAAGACCUCGACCCCCUCGCCUCGGACCUCGGCCUCCUCCCGUCGCCCACGGUCGCCUCGUCCCUCGCGCCGCCACCCGAAAACCCGCAUCUCCUCACGCCCCUCCGCGCCCACUACCUCAAGCGCGAGCUCGUCACCCUCGAGUUCGUGCGCGAGCUCGCCCAACUCGACUCGCCCGGGUCGCUCUCGAUCCUCGGCCCGCCCUUCCUCCCCAAGUCGCGGUUCAUCGACGGCGUCCCGCAGCCGCCCCCUGCGCCUGGGUCCGAGGCCGCCCUGCGCGAGCAGCGAGACUGGGAGGCCAACGUCGACCUGCCCUUCCUCCGCUUCGUCUUCCACCACUUCAUCCUGUCCUUCCCGUUCCUCAUCGCGUGCCCGCCCACCUUCUUCUCGCACAAGCUCCAGCCGUUCGUCUACUCGUUCGUGUCGCGCAACAUCUCGACCUCGGACGACCGCGACGUCGACACCAAGCGGCGCCGCAUCGCCGGCAAGGUCGAGAAGCACCUCGGCCUCGUCAUGAGCGCCGCCGUCAAGCUCACCGAGAACGGCGGCAAGGAGGAGGUCGUCCGCAUCGACGAGCACGGCGAGUUCCACUCGGGCGCGCCGGCGACCCAGGCGAGCGCGGCGACGGUCGGCAUGAAGAAGCGCGGCGCGCUCACGACCGUCGAGGGCAAGGACGACGACUUCUCGCUCAACAUCGUGUCGGUCCGGACGCAGGCCAAGAAGAGCCGCAUGCGCAUCAAGACGCACGAGGAGUUCCUCGUCCGCACGAGGCGCAAGGGCCAGUCGGACGUGUACGUCGCGAGGCGGUACGGCGACUUUGUUCGGCUCGCAGAAACGCUCCGCAAAGAGUGCAUCGAGGAGGCGGUGCCGAGCCCGCCCGCCAAGGACCGCCGGUCGGUCGAGCGCAAGCCCGGCUCGUCCGAUACGUCUACCCCGACCGCGCCCUCGCCCCGGCCCUCGACCUCGAGCGACCCGACCCUGCCACCGACGCCGGCCUUCGACAUGAACCACGUCCCGACGCUCGCGCGCGAGCGCAACCGCCUCACGCUGCGCGCGUACCUGCGCUCGCUCCUCACCAACCCGAUCCUCGCGAGCGCCGACGCGUUCCGCUCGUUCCUCCUCGAGUCGCCGAUCGCCCUGUCGCCGAGCGAGGAGCACGACAUCGUCAUCCGCGAGGAGAUGGACCGCAUCCGCGAGCAGGAGAUGAAGAGCUUUCGGGCCGAGGUCGAGGAGCGCGUCGAGGAGCUCGAGGGUUACCUGCGCACGUUCCGCGAGGAGCUCGUCAAGCAUGACGGCCUGUCGAGGGUGUUUGCGACGAUCCGCAACACGGAGAAGGCGCAGGACCUGCCCGUCGAGUACCGCAAGGUCAUGGAGUGGGCCCGCAUCUCGCUCGCGUCGACCAUCUACCAGCUGUUCCUCGGGUCCGACAACUCGUCGUCGGUCUUCUCACAGAUGAAGCGCAUGCACGGCAUCAUGCCCUACUUCAUGCUGCGCGGCAUCUUGCGCAUCUCGAACCCGGUCGCCAUGAUCCGCGCCGUCCUGGACCUGUUCCUCGCGCGGCCGUUCGGCUCGACGUCGCUCCUCCAGAAGAUGUUCACGAGCGGCCUCGACACCGAGGUGCGCGACCUGCGCGCCGACGCCGACCUCGUCGCGCGCAAGAUCGGCGACGACCGCCUGACGACCAAGGUGCGGCAGUACGUCGACGCGGCCAAGGACGAGCAGGACGCGAUCCGCCUCGACGCGAGCGCCGAGAACAUCGACCUCAUGACGGUCAUCCUGCGCUCGCCGAGUGCGCCGAGGGUCGACGCGCGCACGAUGCAGUACCUCGCUCGGUGCGCCGUCCGGUACGACGAGUACAAGCGGUGGAGGAGCACGCUGCACGACCCGGACGACGACGAGGGCCCCGACAACGACGAGGCGUGGCUGUACGAGGACCUGCACGUGUACCGUCGGCUCAUCACCAAGGCGCGCGACAAGGAGCAGCUCAUCGAGCUCAUCUUCGAGGGCAGCACCUCCGAGGUGCUCAAGGACAUCGUCACGAUCUUCUACGAGCCACUCGCAAAAGUGUACAAGGCCGCCAACAUCGCCGAUUCCCUGUCGGACCUCCAGGCGUUCGUCGACGACCUCAUCAAGACGGUCGAGUUCGCCGAGCAGGCCAACCUCACCGAGCCGCAGCGCACGGUGCAGCUCUUUGUCGACCUCGUCGCCCGACACGAAGAGCGCUUCUACCACUUCGUCCACCAGGUGCACUCGAAGGGUGAGGGCCUGUUCGACAACCUCAUGUCGUGGAUCGAGCUCUUCAUCAAUUUUGUGCGCGACGGCCUGCCCUCGCCCGUCUCGCUCGACUUCCUCCUGCCCGUCGGCGGCAAAGAGCGCGAGGACGUCCUCGCCGAGGUCGACGCCCUCGUCGAGUACCACCGCAAGCUCAAGCUCGCGCACCACGAGCGCAUGAAGAAGCGGCUCGUCAAGGGCCGCCAGGACCUCGACAAGGACGCCGACGCAGCGUUCGUCGCCGGCGUCAUGGACAACCUGCAUAUCAGCGGCGUCAUGGACGACGUGCACGACAUCGAGCACGAGGAGAGCGACGACGAGGCGAGCGAGGACGACUACUCGGCGAGCGGCGACAGCAGCGAGGCCGAGCUGCCGCCGCCGCCUCUGCCGUCCAAGGACGCACCGCUCGUGCCACCGCGUCCGCCUCGCCGCAAGAAGGAUCGCGAGGUCAUCGAUCCGCCCGUCCUCAAGCUUAUCCCGCGCCUUGUGCCACUGUUCGUCGAGCUCGUCCGCGAGCAGCUCGACGAGGCGAGGAGGCAGAAGCGGGCCCCGCGCAGCCAGUGAGAAGGCCGUGCAGGUCGCUCGAGCCCUCGACGGACACCUCGGCUUUCCUCCCUCUUUGCCGUUCGUAGCGCCUCGUCUCUUCUGCCUUGUCAUGCGAGCUAGAUCUAGAACUGUC